AUGGUAGCAGACGACUACAUGGAUCAAGUUGAGACUCAGUUGACCUUAAUGGAUGUGACAGAGGAUCACUUAAAGAUUAUCCUAGCUACUGACAAGUUUUCUAAAGACGCUAAGCUCUGGUGGAAGACGGUUACGAAUCGGCAAAAGGUGGAAGAAAUGAGUUUGGAUAAGUUCAAGGAGCUAUUUUAUGAAAAGUAUUUUUCGAUUUCUAAAAGAUGGGAGUUAAAAGACCAAUUCCUUGGCCUUAUCCAAGGCAAUAUGACAGUGGCAGAGUAUGAGAACAAAUUCACUUCAUUUUCUCGCUUUGCUCCGGAAAUGGUGACAGAUGAAGUUGACAAGACUCAGAAGUUUGUUUCCGGUCUUCAUGACAGAAUGAGGCCGUUGAUAAUGGCACAGUUCAUCAAGGUUUAUUCUGAAGCAGUAGAGAGGGCUUUGAUGCUUGAGGCUGAUAUCAAAGAUAAGGAUGUAAGAAAAGAACAGUGGAAGCAAAAGAAAGGUGCAGGGCCACCUUCAGAAUGA